UCUUGCGUUGGAUAUUCUCUCUCGGUCAGUUCUCUCACCAACACCCUCACGCAUCUCCUUUGCUAAAUGUCGAAGUUUUAAAACGCGGUUUCGGGGAAUUAUCGUCUCGCAAUGGCGCUCGAAUCAACAGUGAAGAAGCGAACAAAUCUUCUAACCAUUGUAGACAGGCUCGUUAAAAAGACUGAAACGCGAGAGGAAGUCUCUGUUCCGAAAAAAAAGAAUGAACACUUGUCUCCUCUAAGACCAGCUGUGCCUAUCAGUAACAGCAGGUCAUAUUUAUUACCACCCACACCAUCAUCGGAUCCAGCAUCACCCUCCGUCAGUGAUCAGGAGAGUGUCAGUGAUGAUGAACAAGUAAAUGACAAACAAACCGUUGUAGAGGAAGAAAAAGAGGAAGUCAAGAAAGGUGUUCCCAAGCAACCACCAAGAUGUGAUGUGUGUGGGUUAAGAGCAUUCAAGUCUUACCGUUUCAUCAGUCGCACCAGUGCACCAGUGCACUUAAAAAGCUUUGUCACCCCAGAGCAUGACCGCCUCAGGGUUUGCAAAAGAUGUUUCAGCUCACGAGAGCGCUGCCGGCAAAACCUGGCGCUUAUAUUGCUGCGUUCCAAGACCAGCCAGAGGAUUCAUCUGCGGACACCUCUUGGUGUUACCUACAAUCGUGCCUCUAAAGGUAUGGAUUACAUUGCACGAGACCUCAAGAAAAGGUUGAAAAGGCCCUAUGAGGACCUCCUUUGUGAUGAAACAAUGGCUGAUGAAGAUGAAAUGGAAGUAGAAGAUGAAAGAUUUAUGUUGAAUGGAAGUAAAACAAAGAAUAAAGAAGGACAAUUCCCUAAACUAAUUUUGGCUGAAAAUGGGAAUUUUAAGCAAAGUGUAGUUACACCACCCUCUCCUGUUAAAAGUGUUGGAAUUGUGACCGUUGUGAGGCAUCAAAGUGGAAAAUACAAUUCUACACCAAAUUGUUUCACACUUUAUGGAGAUGUUGACAGCCUAAAGGACAAGGAUAAAGCAAGUGAGCAAGUUGAGAAACAGAACGAAAAUAAUGCUCCAGUAAAUGUAACAGAAAAUCUCAAAAAACUGGUGGAUCACAAUAAUUCACUGCCAACAGCUCUGAGUGGAUCAGAGAAUUCUGAGAUAAACAACAUCAAUAACAAGUUGACAUUUCUGGACCAUGCCUAUGCCUUACCACCCCCCAAGGGUAAGAUGUCACCAUCUCAUAAUGCAAUCCCUAAGCCUGUGAAGUCUCCUCUUCCAAAGGCAGCCAAAGUGGAGAGUGGUGUUAAACAAGAGCCUCAGAAAAAGACAGAUGGCCAGACAUCUACUACAGAAAGAACUUGUGGAAUAGUCUGCUUUCUUUGUGACAAACUGGUCACAAAAUCCUACAGCUGUUACAAGAAGGAAAAUGCCCCUGAUAAAAUCAAGCAUCUGUUUACUCCAGGAGUGAAGAUUGUGAAAGUUUGCCGUAGGUGUAUGCCUUAUAAGAAACCCAAAGAAGCUGAUAAUGGGGCAGGAGCUGGCAAAGGGAAAGUGAAGGUUGUCAAAGGAAAACUUGCAAAACUUCACACUGCCAAGCUGAUCAAAAAUGCCAAAACAAUUGGAAAGGUCAAUUCUGUCAAGGGAAGUGAGAAAGCAAAGGUCACGAGUGUGGAAAAGAACAGUGUAAAGUCACCAGUAAGAGAUGACAAGAAAAGAAAAGAGAGUGGAAAGGAUGAGAAGUCCAAACCUCAACCAGCUUCAAAGAAAUUGUGUACACCAGCUGUACAAACAAAGAAGGCUCCAUCAACAAAGGGAGUGUUGACUAAAGAAUAUAAAAUAGUGAAUGUGAAGUUUGUGUCAGCUGUGCCAAAGGGCAUUCAGACGAUUGUCAAAGGAGCAUCAAAGACUGAUGUUGGAAAAUCAAACAAAGGUUCUAAUGUGAGUAGUAAGGCAUCAUCAACCUUACCAAAAAGCAAUGUACCAAAAAGUGAUACGAACUUGACAGAAAAAGCGAACAAUAACAUUACAGUUGAAAAAGAAACUUCCACAGCAAGUAAGCUGAAGUCAGUGUCAGUGAAAGUAGAUUCUGGGACACAGUCAAUGAAGUCUAUGAUUGGUAUCAGCAAAGUGAAAGGUAAGGAAAGUGAUUCAUCAUCACCAAGUGAGGGUGUUUUGAAAGAUGAUACAGAUUUGUCGAUGAGUAAAAAUGGGGACUCUCGAGAGAUAAAUGAUGUUGAUGUUUCAGAUGUGCCUAAGGAAAAAGAAAAAGUGACUGAAAAUAUAUGUGCUGAAUCAAAAGCAAGUGAAGAUGUUUCUACUAUUGAUGUGGAGGAAAUUUCAAAAACAAGUUCUAAAGAGAAGAACAGAGAAGAAAUGAAUUCAAAAAUGACUGUAACAGACAAAGAACCAAAAGAUAAACAGAAUGAAAAAGAUGGAGAAAAACUUGAAGAAAGUAAAUUGGAAUCUAAAAAUACAGAGGAACCCAAAGAGUCAAAGGAAGUCAAGGAAAAAACAACAGACUCUAAAAGCAUUUUGGAUAUUAUUAUGACAAGGGGAAGACGAUCAGCAUCACUCUCUCCAGUUGUAUUGAGAGGGACAGAUUCUUCUGAAGUUGCAUCACCAAGGAAGGGAAGAAGUUCAGGGACUCCAGACAGAAAACGCGAAGAUAAACAAAUAAUGCCAACAAUAAUGACCCGAAAGAGACUGGCUUCAUUUUCUGAGUCAGAGGCAGAGAAAAAAACAGAUGAAACUCCUGGUGGCAAAAGGAGGGCUGUUGCUGCUGCCUUGCUUGAGAAAAUGUCCAGGAAAACUAAUGAUACACCAUCUUCCGCAAGUACUGCUUCAAGCAAAGUAAAGCAAGAGCAUACUUAUGCAAAGGAAACUAAAGAUGCAAAAGAACCAGAUAAAGAAGUAAAGGGGCAUUCUAUGACAAGAAGAAAUCAAGUACCUGUGAAAUGUGCAGGAUGCAAUGAAAAGGUUGUGAAGUCAUACAGAUGUGUUAUGCGCACUGAAGCUCCUUCACAUAUCAAACCAUUAUUUGCCCAGCAGCCAGGAGAGAUGCUGCGGAUUUGCAGAAAAUGCGUAAAGAAAAAGGAAAUUGGUAAUGGCAAGAGUAGUUCCUGAAGCAGAUAAUUUUAUGAUGUUUCUUAAGUUAUUUACAACUCAAGGUAUCCUGAGGUACUGAAAACUAUGACAUAAAUUGAUACAAUCAAAUUUUUGUGCAAACAGUUUUACAGGUAGUAAAACUAAGUUAUUUAUCUUCAAGUAUUUGACUUAUUACAGUGCAUCUGAUAAAACUGGAGCCAUAGCAAUAAAAGGUAAUUUGACAGCUGAUUUAAAUAUCAAGCAAUUUCAACCUGCCUGACACUUUUCUGAAUGGUAUAAAUCACCCAACAACCUAAUUGGAACUAAAAGCAGUAAUUUAAAUUUUCAAAUACGUUCUCCUUCAACAUGCAAGGAUGUAAAAUUACUAAAGAUCAAUGGCUGGAACUUGACUUUUAACAUGCCUUCUGGGAGAUAAAAAUUAAUUGAGUAAGAGAUUUCCUUUUAUUGCUUUGGUGGCUCCAGUUUCAGCUGAUGCUUUGUGGCACACCUUUGUGCCUGUGUUGGAUACACAUACACAGUGCUGCCCCUAGAAAUUAACUUAUAUGUAACUACCAAACCUAAUGACUUGGUAUGUAGGUUUUUUGCACACAAAAAUAGGGGUAAACUAUUGAAAUAAGUACAUUGUUGUAAUUGGCAUCAGCAGCAUUACAUUAAUAUUCUUGAGCUGUUUGUAUGCAUUUCAGUAUUUAAGUGUUAUUGCAGUUUAUUAUAUGUAUGUUAAUCCUUUACCUCUUAACAUCAGUAUGCAUAUUCUCCAUAUUGUUCUCCAUACAUUCCAAAGAAGCUGAUUAGGAGAAUUUGUUUAACAAUCAAGAGUUGCUUUAGUUGGUGAUCAUAUCCUCAAUUCUUAUAACUUUCAUGUUUGAUUCAAGGGUGAUAUAGUAGGGAGAAAUUAGAUGCUAGUCACUCUUAGAGGCCAAAGGGUUGAUCAACACUUCCAGUCCUGCAAAUUGUGUUGGACAGAAGUAAGAGAGAUGAGAUAUUCCCACACCAGGAUCAAUGCAUAAAUAGGCUCAAACUUUUGACUGGCAAUAUUACAAACAUCAUCAAAUCUCAAUUUCCCAGUUUCAUAUUUUGGACACUAACAUCAAGAAAGGUGAUUGACUCUGGGAUUAGCAAUUAUUUUAGUUCUUUGGAAAAAAAAAAUUACAUUUUGAGAUUACGGAGAUUUUUCCUUGGAACUUAUUAUGAUUUUCUGUAACAGCAGGGAUAUUUACCUUUCUCUCUCUUUUUUCUUUUUCUUCUCUUUAUUUCAAUUAGUAUGGAAGGGAACGAUUAGAUUGUGUCGUGGAGUGGAAGGCUUAUUAAGUGUCCAGAAUCUCUAUUUUCUUUUCACUCUUAGGCCCUUAGGUUUAUUGGGAAGUCUAAACACUUCUGACGUCUUUCUAUUUCACAAUGACAUGUUUUUGUCUAGUAAGGAUGCAUUCAUCUUAUUUAGUAUGUUAAGAGAGCAUCCUGGUCCAAAAUAUUUUAAAGGUCAAAUUUUGAUGAUCCUUUUUGGCCUUUUCAAAUUGAUUCCUUCUUCAUUACAUUUGAAAUAAACACAAAAACAUAGAAGUCUAGGAACUAGGCAUAUAAUUGUGCUAGCCUGAUAUAAUUUUUGUGAAGUGUUAACUCCAUGUUUGAUGAACACAUGUGAUCAAGAAGGCACAUUUUGGGAUUUUUCUCCAAACCAGAGAAAAUUUGAAAAUUUGGACUGGGCAGAUUUUAGUAGAAAAAAUUGUUAAGUAACACUAAGUUCACCAGAUCACCCUAAGCUAUUGCUGACCUUGAUUCUGAAGAAUUAAUUAGUUAUCAUCACCAUGUUAGAUCUAUUUGAUAGAGACUUCAGUUUAAAGGAGCUCUGUUUCGUGCUUGUAAAUAGCAAAGAAUUAAAAAAGAUUGAAUAGGUACAUAUUUUAAGGCUGUAAAUUUUAAAUAUGCCUGACAAAUGAGAGAAGUUUGGUAUUAUUAUUUGUAUUCCUUGCCACAUUUAUCAGUUAUACACCAGCAUGUAUUGAUACCUAAUUUUGAAUGUGAGAUGUAUUAGUAUGUUCAUGAAUUACAAGGAAAAUAAUACAUUUUGCUUAUGAGAAACA